AUGUUCUUUACUUUUGCUGUCGAGAAACUGUUGAAUGUUCUUUACUUUUGCUGUCGAGAAACUGUUGAAUGUUCUCUUUUGUUACUCUCAUUUUCUUUUUCUCUUUCUCUGGGAGUACCUCAAUUUCUCUCUAGCCUCUUAUCGCUCUUCGUUUCCCCUCUCACUCUCUCUCUCUCUCUCUCUGGCAUCUGGUCCCCUUUUGUCUCCGUGCCUUCUCCUGGCAUGUGGUCACUCUUCCCCUCUCUCUCUCUCUCUCUCUCUCUGGCAUCUCGUCCACAUGAGCCUCUAUCUCUCUGGCAUCUGCUUGCCUUUUCUCUCUAUGUCUUUCUCUUUCUGACAUCUGGUCGCCUUUGGUCUCCGCGAGCCUCUAUUUAUCUCAUUUCUCUAUCACCCUUCGCCCCUGUGAGCGUCUCUCUUUGGCCUCCAGGAGACUCUCUCUGUCGUUCAUCAUCCCUCCUCUCUCUGUGGCCUUUCACCUCCAUGGGUGACCCGCUGUCGCCUAUCAUCCCCGUGAGCGUCUCUCUGUCGCCCUUCGUUCCUCUUUGUUCUCCCGUCCGUUUUCUCUCUCUGUCUCUUUUGUUCCUCUGCUGGAAAUGA